CCAGGGCGGGAGGGGCAGGGCGGCACGCAGGGGCGGGCCGCGGCGGUGGGAGGGCGGCAGCGGGCUGCCAGGCGGCCGGGAAGGAACGGGCCGGCAUGGCCGGGAGGGGCGGUGGCACCGGCACCUCCCCGCCGCCGGGGCAGGGGGUGUGGGCUGAGAGGCGGCGGAGGCAGCAGCCCCAGCCCCACCAUGCGCUGGCCGGCCCCGGCCCCGUGGCUGCCCCGUGGCGGCCGCGAAGUGCAGAGCGGCCGCAGCGGGCGGCCCGGAUGGAGUCGGCCCCGCGCCGCUGCCCCGCUGGGCGGCCUGGAUGCCCGCGGCGGUGGCGCUGGCGGCGGUGGGCGCUGGCGGCAGGGCUGAUGGGCGCCGCCGCCGCCCUGUCCCUCUACGUCAGCUUACCGGAGCCGGCGGCGGCGCGGCGGGCCGCUGCGAGCAGCCGGGUGGGGGGCGACGUGAACGUGCUGCUGUGGUGGGAGCCCUUCGGCCGCCCGCGGCGCAUGGCCGACUGUCGCCGCCGCUACAACAUCACAGGUUGCCGCCUCAGUGCCGACCGGAGCCGCUACGGAGAGGCUCAUGCCGUGCUCUUCCACCACCGCGACCUGGCGCUGCACGGCGCCGAGGGUCUGCCCCGCGGGCCGCCGCCGCGCCCACCGCGGCAGCUCUGGGUGUGGAUGAACUUCGAGUCGCCCUCGCACUCGCCCGGCCUGCGGGGUCUGGCCGGUCUCUUCAACUGGACCAUGACCUACAGGCGGGACUCGGACGUCUUCGUGCCCUACGGGUACCUCUACGCGCCGCCGGCACCCCGUCCCUUCGUCCUACCCCGCAAGACGCGGCUGGUGGCCUGGGUCAUCAGCAACUGGAACGAGGAGCACGCCCGGGUGCGCUAUUACCGCCAGCUCAAGGAGCACCUCGCCAUCGACGUGUACGGGGCGCGGGGGCUGGCGCUGGCCGAGGGCGGCGUGGUGGAGACCGUCUCGGCCUACAAGUUCUACCUGGCCUUCGAGAACUCCCAGCACACGGACUAUAUCACUGAGAAACUCUGGAGAAACGCCUUCGCCGCCAGCGCCGUGCCCGUCGUCCUCGGACCUCGCAGGGCCAACUACGAGCGCUUCAUCCCUGCUGACUCCUUCAUCCACGUCGACGAUUUCCCCAGCCCCCGACUGCUGGCCACCUACCUGAAAUUCCUCGACAAAAAUAAACCAAACUACAGGAAGUAUUUUGCUUGGAGGAAGAAGUACGAGGUCCACGUCACCUCGUUCUGGGAUGAGCAUUUCUGCAAGGUUUGCGAGGCUGUGAGGACAGCCGGGAAUCAAAUGAAGACUGUACGAAAUCUGGCCGGCUGGUUUGAAAGCUGAUGCUCCCCCAGGGUGAGCGUCUGGUUAGUCUGUGCGAGCGGUGCAUCCAGGGGUAGGGAAGGAUGAGUCUCACAUAGAUGGCUGGCUGAGGUAGUGUGCAGGCGGCUGUCAUCGGUGAGAGAAGUGUAUACAGAUGAACAAGCUGUGAAGAGCCUGCACAAAGAAGUUUAUAGUGCAAGAAUUAUGAAAGUACAAAGGAAUGUCGGGCAAGAUGAUUCUAAAAGAGCAACGUUAGAUUACCAGAAGGCAUACACAUUUGUAACCUUUAGACGUGCACAGCUCGACAUAAGUAACCAAUGCCAAGUUCCUCAUCUAUACAGCUGAAACCAAUUUUGUCGGCUAUGACAGCUUCCUGGAGCAUGAAACUUUGUUCUGCUUACGAAGGAUACAUGACCAGUGCUGGCUUUCUCUAUUCC